UUCACUGUUUUAAAAAAAUUAAGGAAGAAGAAGAAAUGGCAAGCUCUGCGAUCACUGGAUCCCUCCUCAAGUUCCUCAAUGGUGGGGCCGCCAUGGCGAGGAGGAGCUGCCCCGCGAACCUGAGGGCCCUCGUCACCGGAGCUCCUGGUGGGCCAGGAUCAAUGGAGGGGGGUGAUCCUCAGAUGAUGAAGGAAUCAUCCGGGCCAAUGGAGAGCUCGCCUACUGAGCCUAGGGGUAUGGCUAGUUCUGCGGCGGCUAGAAGAGAGGUGAGCGAUGAGAUGCUCGACGAGGCGGAUGACAUGACCAACAAAGUCAAAGAAAAAGCCAGCAACAUGUCAGAGAAAGCAGAGAACAUCUCGGAGAAGGCGAAACAGACGGUGCAAGAAGUGUGGGGAUCGGCAAAAGAGACCGCGCAAAAGGUGAAAGAGACGGUGGUUGGCAAAGCUGAGGACGCCAAGGAAUUCAUCCACGACAAGGCUGAGGCCGCCGACAGAGCUGUCAAGAGCGGGAUCGCAGAGGCGAGGGCGGACGCAGAGGCCGGGAGGAGCACCGUGAAGGGUGAAGCCUUCCAACAGGCUGCUAAGAAUCCCGAAACUGUCAAGAAUGCAAUGAACACCAAAGACUCCUAGACGUUCAUAUUUUAAAAAAAAGAAAAAUUCAUUGUUUUGUUUGAUUGCAUGAACUUCUUGAUGUUUAUGGCAUCGCAUCGUUAGCUAUUGCAUUUUAUUAUGUGAAUAAAGGCUUGUUUAUGCCUUGGAUUGAUGUUGAGAUAAUGAACAUGUGUAAGUUCAAUCAUAAUUGCUUGCACGCCGAAGGGUUCUAAGAUUUUUUGUUUGUUGUUGGA